AUGGGCACACUGGAAUGGGAUAAUAUGGAAGUGAAAAUCGAUUGUUGGCGGUUACGUCAUCUUCGCUUUGCUAAUGACAUCGUCCUUGUAAAACCAAACACUAGCCAAGCGGAACGUAUGCUUGAUGACUUUGAUAAAGCCUGUGGAAAGAUUGGUCUUCGGCUAAAUCUCGCAAGAACAAUGUUUAUGGUAAACGGAUUAACGCUCAACAGAACGAAUAUCUCCGAAUGGUGCAGUUAUGUCUAUUUAGGUCGGGAAAUCAAUAUAAUAAACGACCUAGCUUCAAAGCUGAGCAGAAGGAAACGAUCGGCUUCGGGAGCUUAA